AUGGCUGCUCAAAUCCCCAUAGGGACACGAGGAACUAUCGGAUCGCUUGUGCGUAAAGAAAUCGACUACUUCAAAAACUUCAGUACAUGUCCCCAUUUUGAUACACGGAGAGUCAUUUCUGAAGAAAAGAAGAACAGUUUCCAGCGAAGAGAUCACUCAUCACGGCUGAGUUCUUGGUUUUCUAGAACAAAUUGGAGAAAGAAGAAGCGGCAGAGCAGUGGUGGCGGUGGCGGUGGCAGGUUUUUGUCGAGUAUGUGCUCGGCGGUGGAGGUUGCAGGAGAGAAUCGGGUUCCGGGUUUCAACUAUAGGAUCUUGAAGAGUGACGAGGAUGGCUUGCAUGUGUAG